AUGCCUGCUGCAGCUAUCCAGCCUAGAAGCUGCGCUUCCAAGAAGGCUCGCAUGACUCCACUCAAGAGACUGCAAGUCUCAGCACCCAAGCCGGUGGUUCGUCUGCGACUAACUCCUCCAAAAAAAAAAAGUCCUUCUAUUUGCAAUACUCCCAGCCUCAAGGCUGAGUUCAUCCACAGCCGUAUUUCCUACUAUGCCCCGAGAAAGCUCGGUAGUGGAAGCUGGGGCCAAGUCUAUCUCAUGCACGAGAGGGACAGCAACCGGCCCUACGCAGUAAAGGGGGUGCUUAAGGGCUCCGAGGAAGAGGAGGAAGACUACGCAGACAGAGUCUAUCAUGAGUUUGACGCCGCUAGCCGGCUAAACCAUCCCAACGUGGACAAAACUCAUCGGCUCCGUGCUCGUCACUGUCGCUGGUGCAUCGUCAUGGAGUACUGUGCCAAUGGCGACGUUCUCGAACGCGCCGAGGACAACCAUCUCACGUAUAACGAGAAGCUGUGUCUCUUCGAACAGCUCCUCCACGGCGUGGAAUACCUGCACAGCCAGGGCGUCGCUCACCGCGACAUCAAGCUUGAGAAUAUGCUUCUCAACGAAGAGGGCCAUCUCAAAAUCGCCGAUCUCGGCCUUGCGAUGACCGGUGAACCCUUAUGCAAAUCCGACCCCCUGAGCACAUGCUUUCUCGAUUGCGGAUCUCUGCCGAUGAAGGCUCCCGAGGCAAGAGGGCGUAAGUCCAAGGCCAUCCAUUCAUCCAUCCAACCUAGCGAUACCCCUUCUAACUUCCUUCCAGCAAAUUUCUACGACGGCCGCGCAUUCGACGCCUGGUCGUGCGCCAUGUGCCUUCUUUUCAUGCUGUACGAUGGUUGA